AUGUCUUGCACACUGAUGGAAUUCAGCGAAAAAAUCCCCCACUCCAACUCCCACUCAACUCCAGCUCACUCUAAAUUCCCACCCAACUCCAACUCCAACUCCAGCCCACCUCACUCCCACCCCAAAACUCCAACUCCAUCCCAGCUCCCACCUCUCACCCCAAACCCCAAAACUCCACUCCAACCCCCAGCUCCCACUCUCACUCCCCCUCAUCCCACUCCAACUCCAACUCCACUCCAACUCCAGCUCCCACUCUCCCCUCCACUCCAACCCCAAACCCCCACUCCAAACUCCACCCCAACUCCAGCUCCCACUCUCACUCCCACUCCAACUCCAAUCCCACUCCAAACUCCCACUCCAACCUCCAGCCCCCACUCUCAACUCCCACUCCAACUUCAAUCCCUCAAUCCCACUCCAACUCCAGCUCCCACUCCCCCCUCAACUCCAACUCCAACUCCAACACCCAUCCCACUCCACUCCAACUUCGACUCCAAUCCACUCCGACUCAACUCCAACCCAACUCCAACUCCGCUCCCACUCCCAUCCACCCCAAUCGUCCACUCCAACUCCCACCCCCACUCCAAUUCGACCCCAACUCCCACCCCAACUCCAACCAGUCCCACUCCCACCCCCACUCCACUCAAUUUCAACUCACUCCAACUCCAACACCCACCCCACUCCCACUUAAAACUCCAACUCCAACUCCCCUCCCACUCACACUCCCACUUCACUCCAACUCCAACCCCCCGUAAACUCCAACUCCAACUCCAACUCCCACUCCCACCCCAAACUCAUUUCCCCACUCCAGUUCCCACUCCAACUCCAGCUCCCACUCCCACUCCACUAAACUCCAACUCCAGUUCCCACUCCAACUCCAGCCCACUCCCAUUUUCCUCUCCAACUCCAACUCCAACUCCGCCGGAAUCUGAAACUCCACAGUUAUUUCGCGGGUAG